AUGGUUACCUUUACGCAGCUUUUCACUACUUUCCUUUCUGUCACUGCUGUAGCAGCAGUCACGACACACUACCCUGCGAAAGACAGGGUUAUGAUAUUCCUUUCCAGAUCCGACGAACAGCCGGUACAUGCGAGGAUGCGGCUGCACGAUCUUGAAACCUAUGUUAUGACGGACCCGGACUUUGGGUGGAAAGCAACAGGUUAUGAUGUGUUGGAAAACCAGGGCAAUUGGGCGUGGCUUAUCAGCUCCAAACACAACGGCAAUAUCGAAUUGGCAAAAAAGCUAUUAAAAUUAAGGAACUACUGGGACGAGACCUAUGGUUGGGGUCAAAACCCCGACGGCUCGUCAAUGUAUGUUGCAACGGCCUUUAAGCCAACUACAAAGCUCCCGGCCAACACCCAGCUGCUACGGCAGCAGGCGGUCACAAAUGCGGUGCUUUCUGGGUGGCAGCAGGCUGCUGUGGCCAGGAUUGAGGACUAUGGAAAGGAGAUUGGGGUUGAGUAG